AUGGACGCGUCCGUGAUCACCAGGUUCCGCGAGAAGGUCAUCCAGCAGCCAGAGGUGUUCUUCACACCGUCAACGGACAUUGCCGAGGAGAUUCAAGCGUUCGCCAAGCACGCAUACGACCGCACGUCCAAGUACCAGAGCAAGAGCGGAGGCGCUCAGCCACUGGACGAGCUCUAUGUGGACGGUUUUGACGCCGACCAGGUGUGGGAGCAGCUGCGUCUGCUGAAUGGUCCGUUGAAGAAGGAAGAAAGCACAGAAGAGGAAGUGGUCGACAGUGACGCGGAGAGCGAAGAGGAGACGCUUUGCGAUGAGGAAAGGUCCAGUGAUGAGGAAGAUGUGACAGACGAUGCCAACGUGAAUAAAGGAGAGCAAGCGGUGAAGAAAGCAAAGAAGAAGAGUACGAAGGCCCGUGAUGUUGCGGAGGAUGGAUUCUUCGACUGGGAUGAAAUGGACAAGGCGGCUGAGGAAGAGGAGGAAGAGGACGAUGACGAUGAGGACGAUGACGAUAGGGACGAAGGUAUGGACGAUGACGAUGACGCAGCUGGCGGUGAGAGUGACGACAACGAUAGCGAGUCCGAGAUGGAAGAGGACUCGGACGCUGAAGCUGCGGAGGACAUGAAGUACGAUGACUUUUUCGGAAACGAAGAGGAAGAUGGAGAAGACGGCGAUGAGGAGGAGGAGGAGGAGGAGGAGCUGAACGACGGCGAGACGCGUGCCGAUGACAAUGAUGAGGACGAGUACCCGACUACGAAGCGCGCGAAACCUGACAAGGCGGAGAGUGUCGAUGACGAGGAGCUUGCUGGGCGAGGCAUUAUGUCAUCUCACCAGCGUCAGCGUCAGCGACUACAGAAGGAGAUCAAGGAGCUAGAACAGGAGGCGAUUAGCGAGAAGCCGUGGCUGCUGAAGGGUGAGGUGCGUUCAGCCGCUCGACCGGAGAAUAGUUUGUUAGAAGCGGUCCUCGACUACGAUAGACCCGUGAAUGCAGCGCCUGUGAUUACCGAGGAAGUGUCGAUCGCGCUUGAGGAGAUGAUCAAAAAGCGUAUCCUCGAGGACGACUUUGACGACGUGAUCCGUAAGUUUGCUGGAAAUGAGGAGGACAAGCAAGAGAAGCUGGAGGAGGUGUCGAUGGAAAAGUCCAAGGAAGGUCUGGGCGAGAUCUAUGAAAAGGAGUACAUGAAAACGGCCAUGGGCUUCGAGGCCGACGACGAAUCGAAGCAGGACCAAGAGGAGAUUGACGUGAUGUUCAAAAGUCUUUGCUGGAAACUGGAUGCGCUGUCGAACUACCACUUUACACCCAAGCCCGCCGUCAAGGAACUGCAGGUCAAGCCUGCUGUGCCUGCGAUCGCAAUGGAGGAGGUGGUACCUAUCAGCGUCAGCGAUGCAAACCUGAAGGCACCCGAAGAGGUGUACGAGAAGAAGCGCAAGCGCGGCGAGGCCGUGCUGCAGUCCAAGGAAGAAAUGACGCAGCCCGAGCGCAAGGCGUUGCGCAAUGCGAAGAAGCACGCGCGACGGAAGGAGAAGCGCCAGCGUGAGUUUGACGAGCGCUUGGUUGCAAAACUCAAUCCCGGGUUGGGCAACAAGUACGAGAAGAAGAAGAUGCUUGAGAGCAUUGCAAGUGCCAAGAACAUUACGACGGGCAAGCAGAUCAAGGGGUCUUCCAAGCAGUUUUCCAACUCGAAGGAGUUCUUCUCCCGUCUGCAGGACGAGGUGCAAGCAAAAAUCAGGAAUGCCAGCAGCAACGAGUAG